UGCAGAUUAGAGCCAAACGUUGGAGCGCCCGCCAACCUUCCUGGGAUCCUGUUAACGAGGGUUAUAGUUGUUUUCAACUGAGUGUCAUUCGUUUGCUUAAUUCUCUCUUCUUAGACGGUUUGCGUCUCACUUCCUCUUAUUGCACUGUUAGCGCUCGGGAUCGUUUUUGUUGAGGAAGUAGUUUGGGGCUGUUUGUAGAGGCUCUUUUUGAGUCCCAGAUGCCUCGUCCAUGUCACGUUGGCCUCAGUUUUUCCUUACUCUUGUCUUUUCAAUGAAGCCUUUAAAUUAGUCUGCGUGUUUUAAUUAUUAGUAACAUCUUCUUGUUCUAAACGCUUUGUUAGUGCACGGAGUGAGGUUCAUUGGCAGUGUUCUGUAAUUUUCUUGUCUCAUUAAACCUUAAAAGGUUUAUGUAAGCUUGUAUUAGACUCUAGGAAUUUGCUGUUUUUCUCCUUGAUGCUGUCAAAAUUUGGGUUUUAUAUAUUGCAGUUAUCCAUUUUCUAGUGGUAAUAUGUUUUUUAAUAUAAGGGAAAUUGAUACAGAAUUUAGGACCUAUAAAGGAAAUCCUUUUAUGCUCAAAAUAUUUUAGUUGUUAAGCACAGUGUUUUACUAUUCUGUUGUACAGUAGUGAGACUUAAUAGAGGAGGAAUCUGGUAGAAUGAACCACUUGUUUGAAGUGAUUGAGAUAAGGAAAUUGAGGUUUGGAGAAGUUAAAUAACUUGACCAAGAUCUCACAGGUCAAGCCAUGACUACAGUAGCGGUCCAUGUGGACUCCAAAGCUGAGCUCACUACCCUGUUGGAGCAGUGGGAAAAGGAACAUGGCAGUGGGCAGGACAUGGUACCCAUCCUUACCAGGAUGUCUGAAUUGAUUGAAAAAGAAACUGAAGAAUAUCGUAAGGGGGAUCCAGACCCAUUUGAUGAUCGGCAUCCUGGUCGAGCUGAUCCAGAGUGUAUGCUGGGCCAUUUGCUGAGAAUACUCUUCAAGAAUGAUGAUUUCAUGAAUGCACUGGUGAAUGCAUAUGUGAUGACAAGCCGAGAGCCCCCUUUAAACACUGCAGCUUGCAGACUCCUACUGGACAUCAUGCCCGGGCUGGAAACUGCUGUUGUCUUUCAAGAAAAGGAAGGAAUUGUUGAGAACCUUUUCAAAUGGGCCCGAGAGGCUGAUCAGCCACUGAGGACAUAUUCUACUGGUCUGUUAGGAGGUGCUAUGGAGAAUCAAGACAUCGCUGCCAACUACAGGGAUGAGAACUCACAGCUGGUGGCAAUAGUGCUUAGAAGAUUGAGGGAGCUGCAGCUUCAAGAAGUAGGUUCAAGGCAAGAAAGCAAGCGUCCUAGCCCACGAAAGCUCUCCUCUGAACCCCUUUUGCCUCUGGAUGAAGAAGCUGUGGAUAUGGACUAUGGCGACAUGGCUGUAGAUGUAGUGGAUGGCGAACAAGAGGAAGCUUCUGGAGACAUGGAGAUCUCCUUUCAUCUUGAGUCAGGCCACAAGACCAGUAGCAGAGUGAACUCAGCAACGAAACUUGAAGAAGGGGCAUUGAGGAAAAACAAGUCAACAAAACAGGCUGACAGAGAGAGCUUCAGGAAAGCCAAGCAAAAGUUGGGUUUUUCAUCAUCCGAUCCAGACCGCAUGUUUGUUGAAUUGUCUAAUAGCAGCUGGUCAGAAAUGUCCCCCUGGGUGAUUGGCACCAAUUAUACCCUUUAUCCUAUGACUCCUGCUAUUGAGCAGCGACUUAUUCUCCAGUAUUUGACCCCUUUAGGAGAAUAUCAGGAGUUACUUCCCAUAUUCAUGCAGCUUGGAUCACGGGAGUUGAUGAUGUUCUACAUUGACUUAAAACAAACUAAUGAUGUCCUGCUUACAUUUGAGGCACUCAAGCAUCUAGCAUCUCUCCUGCUCCACAAUAAGUUUGCCACAGAAUUUGUUGCGCACGGUGGAGUACAGAAAUUACUGGAAAUUCCUCGUCCUUCUAUGGCUGCAACUGGUGUAUCCAUGUGCUUGUAUUACCUGUCUUACAACCAGGAUGCCAUGGAAAGAGUUUGCAUGCAUCCGCACAAUGUUCUGUCUGAUGUGGUGAACUACACCCUGUGGCUAAUGGAAUGUUCACACGCCUCAGGAUGCUGCCAUGCUACCAUGUUUUUCUCAAUCUGCUUCUCCUUCCGGGCUGUGUUGGAACUCUUUGACCGCUAUGAUGGUCUUCGUCGUCUGGUGAACUUGAUCAGUACUUUGGAGAUUCUAAAUUUGGAAGAUCAGGGUGCACUUCUGAGUGAUGAUGAAAUAUUCGCUAGCCGGCAAACUGGUAAACACACCUGCAUGGCCUUGCGCAAGUACUUUGAAGCUCACCUGGCCAUUAAAUUGGAACAAGUGAAGCAGUCUCUUCAGAGGACUGAAGGUGGCAUUCUUGUUCAUCCUCAACCUCCAUACAAGGCAUGUUCAUAUACUCAUGAACAGAUUGUGGAAAUGAUGGAGUUUCUGAUAGAAUAUGGCCCAGCGCAGCUGUAUUGGGAGCCAGCUGAAGUCUUCCUCAAGCUGUCUUGUGUCCAGCUCUUAUUGCAGCUUAUUUCUAUUGCUUGCAAUUGGAAGACCUAUUAUGCAAGGAAUGACACUGUGCGCUUUGCUCUGGAUGUCCUGGCUAUUCUCACUGUUGUGCCAAAAAUUCAGCUCCAGUUGGCAGAAUCAGUGGAUGUACUAGAUGAGGCUGGCUCCACCGUCUCCACUGUAGGUAUCAGCAUUAUUUUGGGAGUGGCUGAGGGUGAGUUCUUUAUUCAUGAUGCUGAAAUUCAGAAGUCAGCACUUCAGAUUAUCAUCAAUUGUGUGUGUGGCCCGGAUAACAGAAUUUCUAGUAUUGGCAAGUUUAUCUCUGGAACGCCUCGGAGGAAGCUGCCUCAGACACCCAAAAGCAGUGAGCACACUCUGGCCAAGAUGUGGAACGUGGUGCAGUCCAACAAUGGCAUCAAGGUGCUUCUGUCCUUACUGUCUGUCAAGAUGCCCAUCACAGAUGCAGACCAGAUCCGGGCCCUAGCCUGCAAGGCCCUGGUGGGCCUGUCUCGCAGUAGCACCGUGCGGCAGAUCAUCAGCAAGCUGCCCCUUUUCAGCAGCUGCCAGAUCCAGCAGCUGAUGAAAGAGCCUGUGCUGCAGGACAAGCGCAGUGACCACGUCAAGUUCUGCAAGUACGCCGCUGAGCUCAUUGAACGGGUGUCGGGAAAGCCGCUUCUCAUUGGCACCGAUGUGUCCCUGGCACGUCUGCAGAAAGCUGACGUUGUUGCCCAGUCACGGAUCUCCUUUCCUGAGAAAGAGCUGCUUCUACUGAUCCGAAACCAUCUCAUUUCUAAAGGCCUUGGGGAGACAGCCACUGUGCUGACUAAAGAGGCCGACCUGCCCAUGACUGCUGCCUCCCAUUCUUCGGCCUUCACCCCGGUCACUGCUGCUGCUUCUCCUGUUUCUCUUCCCCGCACCCCUCGCAUCGCCAAUGGCAUUGCAACUCGAUUGGGUAGCCAUGCUGCUGUGGGUACCUCUGCCCCUUCAGCCCCCGCUGCUCAUCCUCAGCCGCGGGUGCCCCAGGGUUCACUAGCUCUGCCUGGUCCAUCUCAUGCAGGAAACUCCCCUGUGAUUGGUAGGAUCAGUUUUAUCAGAGAGAGGCCAUCACCCUGCAAUGGCAGGAAAAUCAGAGUGUUGCGGCAGAAGUCGGACCAUGGCGCCUACAGCCAGAGCCCAGCCAUAAAAAAGCAGCUGGACAGACACCUUCCCUCCCCGCCUACGCUGGACAGUAUCAUCACAGAAUAUCUUAGAGAGCAGCAUGCCCGCUGCAAGAACCCAGUUGCCACCUGCCCACCCUUCUCUCUCUUUACUCCUCACCAGUGUCCUGAGCCAAAACAGAGGCGACAAGCGCCAAUAAACUUUACCUCAAGGCUAAACCGCAGGGCAUCAUUUCCAAAGUAUGGAGGGGUAGAUGGCGGGUGCUUUGAUAGGCACCUUAUCUUUAGCAGGUUCCGUCCUAUUUCAGUGUUCCGGGAAGCCAACGAGGAUGAGAGUGGCCUCACCUGCUGUGCGUUCUCCGCACGAGAGCGCUUCCUGAUGCUGGGCACCUGCACCGGGCAGUUGAAGCUCUACAACGUGUUCAGUGGACAGGAGGAGGCCAGCUACAACUGUCACAACUCAGCCAUCACACACCUGGAGCCCUCCAGGGAUGGAUCCUUGCUGCUGACAUCAGCUACCUGGAGCCAGCCUCUGUCUGCACUGUGGGGAAUGAAAUCCGUAUUUGAUAUGAAGCAUUCCUUUACAGAAGAUCAUUAUGUUGAGUUCAGUAAGCAUUCUCAGGACCGGGUCAUAGGCACGAAGGGAGACAUCGCCCAUAUUUAUGAUAUUCAGACUGGCAACAAGCUGUUGACUCUGUUUAACCCAGAUCUUGCCAACAACUACAAGAGGAACUGUGCCACCUUUAAUCCUACAGACGAUCUUGUCUUAAAUGAUGGCGUCCUGUGGGAUGUCCGCUCUGCACAGGCCAUCCACAAGUUCGACAAGUUCAACAUGAACAUCAGUGGCGUCUUCCAUCCGAACGGGCUGGAGGUCAUCAUUAAUACUGAGAUUUGGGACCUUCGAACCUUCCAUCUUUUACACACAGUUCCUGCUCUCGAUCAGUGUCGUGUGGUGUUCAACCACACGGGGACAGUGAUGUAUGGAGCUAUGUUGCAGGCAGAUGAUGAAGAUGACCUAUUGGAAGAGAGGAUGAAAAGCCCUUUUGGAUCAUCCUUCCGAACAUUUAAUGCGACUGACUACAAACCUAUAGCAACAAUUGACGUGAAAAGGAACAUUUUUGACCUGUGUACAGACACCAAAGACUGCUAUCUUGCUGUCAUCGAGAACCAAGGCAGUAUGGACGCGCUGAACAUGGACACUGUGUGCAGGCUGUAUGAAGUGGGCAGGCAGCGUCUGGCGGAGGACGAGGACGAGGAGGAGGACCAGCCUGGGCAGCAUUAUGGAGCGAUCCUGGUUUUUUCACUCUGGGAAGGGAUAAGACCACAGAGAUUUAGAGAGACUGGAGGUAGACAGGAGCGGGGAGAAUGCAGUAGGAAGAGGAAGAGCAGGAGGAAGAAGACGACGACGAAGACGACGACGACACUGAUGAUCUGGACGAGCUGGACACAGACCAGCUGCUGGAGGCAGAGCUCGAGGAGGACGACAACAACGAGAACGCGGGGGAGGAUGGGGACAAUGACUUCUCGCCCUCUGAUGAGGAGCUGGCGAACCUCCUGGAGGAGGGGGAGGACGCGGAGGACGAAGACUCAGAUGCAGAUGAGGAAGUGGAACUGAUCCUGGGGGACACCGACAGCUCUGACAACUCUGAUUUGGAAGAUGACAUCAUCUUAUCUCUAAAUGAGUGAGGAGUCAGCACCACGUGGAAGAUUCUUGGCAGGAGAGAAACUGAGUCAGAUUAAUUCAGAACAUCCUCCGUUCCCUUUCUCCUAGGGCUCUCUUAAGGAACUGCAUGCCCUGGCCCUGCAUUCAGAGAAUUAUGGUUUAGAGUCUCACUGGAAUCUGAGAGUCCUUCUAAGAACAAUAACCACAAAAAGACAACAGGGGUUAGGCCCUACUCUGCUUUCCCCUUCUCCUAGGAUGGACGUAUCUUUCCUCAAGGGAAAAAAAAAAAAAAAAAAAACCAUGUCUCUGGGGUUAUUUCACAAUAUAUUUUCUUUGUAUAAUGUUCUUUACUUAAAGAACAAGAAAUAGUUUUUUAUAAAACUUUAAAAAGAAAAAAAAAAAGGCAUUUAUAACUGAGGGUAUGAACUUAUAUCCACCAGGUCUGUCCCUGCACUUCAUUUUCUAUGAAAGAAAAUGAUGUCUAAAGAACAAUAGAGAGGCAUUUUUACACACAUAUUUAAAUGAAAAGGAAAAUCGUGGUUUCUUAAAUUGAUAAGGAUUAAGAAUAUUUUAUUAUAAAUAUAAUAUAUGAUUUUUUAACCUGUUUUGUUGCCUCAUAUGCCGCCAGGUUAAUCUGUUUUCCUUCGUGCCAGAGGUGGGGAGAGGCGCUGCCUGUUUGCUGAGUAAAUGCCUGGGUUCACCGACCUUCAUGGCUUGGGGGCAGCAAGGUCAUUGUGGAUAUUGGUUUUGUGGAGUUGAGGGAGCUUAGGAUAUAAGUUCACUCCCUCUAUUUUUCUUUGUGAUUCAGUUUUUCAAAAAUCUUUUUUUCUUCCUUUCUCCCCAAUGUGGAAAUUACAAAUCAAAGGCCUUUUUUCUUUAAUGUAAAGUGUAUUUAUUUAAAAAAAAAAAAAUACAAAAUAAAACUACAAGUCUGUCUUUGCUUGUU